AUGGACGAGAAGCAGGGAGCGUCCACCGGCUCAGAUGCAGAUACUCUUGAUUCAAGCUACGAGCGGAAUCGGGAAUGGAUCCGACACAGCAACCCUCAGGGUGUUGUCUCUCACGACUCCGGCGUGAACGUUGAGAGGGCCGAACAGGAGUUUGCUGAACUGAACAGAGAGUUCUCCAACAUCUCUUACCAGGCUCAUCGGCUCUCCAAGCACGCCUCUAGGGUUUCGAAGAGCGAAAUCCAGAGCAAAGAUGUCGAGCGAUCUGCCAGCUCAAUAGACUCUUUAGAGUCAUGGGACCUUGAAACCGCUCUCCGGGGAAAUCAAGCGGCCGAAAUAGAAGCUGGUAUCAAGAGCAAGCACAUUGGCGUUAUCUGGGACAACCUCACUGUUCGUGGAGUCGGUGGCUCUAAAAGCUUCAUCAAGACCUUCCCCGACGCUAUUGUGGACUUUUCAAAUGUACCCGGGUUGAUCAUGGAUUGGACAGGCCACAGCAACAAGGGAAAAGAGUUUGAUAUCCUCAAGAGGUUUCGCGGCGUGCUGCAAGCCGGGGAGAUGGUGCUUGUUCUUGGACGUCCCGGUUCUGGCUGUACUACGUUUCUCAAGGCAAUCACGAACCAACGCUUUGGCUACACCGGGGUGGAUGGCGACGUUCUGUAUGGCCCGUUUGACCACGAAACCUUCUCUAAAAGGUUUCGCGGCGAAGCCGUCUACAACCAGGAGGAUGAUGUUCACCAACCGACCCUGACCGUCAAGCAAACACUUGGUUUCGCGUUAGAUACAAAGACCCCUGGCAAGCGGCCUAUGGGCGUAUCCAAGGAAGAAUUCAAAGACAAAGUGAUUCGAAUGUUGCUCAAGAUGUUCAAUAUCGAACACACUGCCAAUACCGUUGUAGGAAACCAGUUCAUCCGAGGUGUCUCUGGCGGAGAGAAACGUCGCGUUAGUAUCGCUGAGAUGAUGAUUACUUCGGCUACUGUUCUAGCUUGGGAUAAUUCUACGCGCGGCCUCGACGCCUCCACUGCCCUUGAUUUCGCCAAAUCCUUGCGGAUCAUGACCAACAUCUACAAGACCACGACUUUCGUCUCGUUGUAUCAGGCUUCGGAAAGCAUCUACAAGCAGUUUGAUAAGGUCCUUGUGAUUGACAGUGGUAGACAAGUCUUCUUUGGCCCCGCUAGCGAAGCACGAGCGUACUUCGAGAAUCUUGGGUUCAAGGAAAAGCCUCGCCAGACUACUCCCGACUAUCUUACAUCCUGUACAGAUCCUUUUGAGCGUGAGUAUAAGGAAGGCCGCGACCAGUCUAAUGUGCCCUCGACCCCCGAGGCACUCGCAGCAGCAUUUGAUGAGUCGAUUUUUAGCCAGAAACUUGCCACGGAAAUGAACGACUACCGCCAGCAGAUACAGCAUGAGAAGCAGAUUUACGACGACUUUGAGGUUGCGAACCAAGAAGCAAAGCGCAAAUUCACGUCCAAGUCAUCAGUCUACCUCAUUCCAUACUACCUACAAGUCUGGGCAUUGAUGCGACGCCAGUUCCUUAUCAAAUGGCAAGACAAGUUUGCUCUGAAUGUCUCUUGGAUCACUUCGACCGGUGUCGCGAUUGUCCUGGGAACCGUCUGGCUCAACCUCCCCAAGACCAGUGCCGGCGCGUUUACGAGAGGUGGUCUUCUGUUUACCAGCUUCCUCUUCAACGGUUUCCAAGCAUUUUCGGAGCUUGCCUCGACCAUGAUGGGGCGAGCUCUUGUGAAUAAGCACCGACAAUUUACUUUCUACCGACCAAGCGCACUGUUCAUUGCGCAGAUCUUUGUCGACGCGACAUUCGCCAUCGCCAGAAUUCUGGUCUUCAGCGUGAUCGUCUACUUCAUGUGUGGCCUUGUCAGAGAUGCAGGGGCCUUCUUCACGUUCGUGCUGUUGAUAUUUACAGGCUAUAUCAACAUGACUGUCAUUUUCAGAACGAUCGGUUGUCUGUCCCCUGCAUUUGACCAUGCAAUGAACUUUGUCUCUGUUUUGAUCACUUUGUUUAUUUUGACGUCUGGAUAUCUUGUUCAAUGGCCAAACGCGCAGGUCUGGCUCCGGUGGUUCUACUAUGUCAAUCCAUUCGGAUUAGGAUUCGCCAGCUUGAUGGUCAACGAGUUCAAAAGCCUCAACAUGACUUGCACCAGUGAGUCCCUGGUUCCCAAUGGCGAGGGUUACACCGAUAUGAGCCAUCAGGUGUGCACGCUUGCUGGAGGCGAAGCAGGUUCUCCUAUUAUUCCUGGUGAGAGCUAUGUAUCUACCACGUUCAACUAUAACAGGGAGGACCUUUGGCGAAACUUUGGAAUCAUGGUGGGUCUCAUCGUUGCUUUUCUAGGAAUGAACCUGUAUUUCGGCGAGGUUGUUCGUUUCAAUGCCGGCGGCAAGACGGUCACCUUCUAUCAGAAAGAAAAUGCUGAGCGGAAAGAAUUGAACAAAGCACUAGAACAAAAACGUGCCACUCGGCAAUCGAAAGACCUGGGUGCUCCUGAAUCUGACACACCUCUCACUGCGAAGCCGGUUCUGACAUGGGAGGACGUUUGCUAUGAUGUGCCUGUGCCAUCCGGUACUCGUCGACUACUGCACAACAUCUACGGUUAUGUCAAACCCGGUAAGCUAACAGCUCUGAUGGGUGCGUCCGGAGCGGGCAAGACAACUUUGCUGGAUGUCCUUGCAGCUAGGAAGAACAUUGGCGUUAUUGGCGGAGAUAUCCUGGUAGACGGUGCGAAGCCCGGCACAUCAUUCCAGCGAGGCACUUCUUACGCGGAGCAAAUGGAUGUGCAUGAGCCGAUGCAGACAGUCCGUGAAGCACUGCGCUUCUCUGCUGAUCUUCGUCAAUCGUACGACAUCCCGCAGUCGGAGAAGUAUGUAUAUGUGGAGGAAAUAAUCUCGCUGUUGGAGCUGGAGAAUCUUGCAGAUGCUGUCAUCGGCACGCCAGAGACUGGUUUGUCUGUCGAGGAGAGAAAACGUGUCACUAUUGGUGUUGAGCUGGCUGCAAAGCCAGAAAUGCUCUUGUUCUUGGACGAGCCCACUUCUGGACUGGACAGCCAGUCUGCGUUUAACAUCGUUCGAUUUCUGCGCAAGCUUGCUGCGGCCGGGCAGGCUAUUCUAUGUACCAUCCACCAACCGAACUCAGCUCUAUUCGAGAACUUUGAUAGGUUGCUGCUUUUGAAGAGCGGAGGUGAGUGCGUGUACUUUGGCGAAAUCGGAGAGGAUUCAAGUACACUUCGCGCCUACUUCCGGCGUAAUGGUGCAGAGUGUCCGCCUGAUGCCAAUCCUGCUGAGUGGAUGCUUGACGCCAUUGGUGCAGGUUCGACUCGCCAUCUUGGAAACCGGGACUGGGUGGAGUUUUGGAGAGCGUCGCCCGAGCGGGAGCAGAUCAAACAAGAUAUCAUUGAGAUAAAGCGUCGACGUGCUGAAGCGAUCAGGCAGAACCAAGCGACGAAGACGCCUGAGAAGGAAUACGCGACGCCGCUCUGGCACCAGAUCAAGACUGUUUGCAAGCGGACCAACAUCGUCUUCUGGCGCUCUCACAAGUAUGGGUUUACUCGGCUGUUCACUCACUUCAGCAUCUCUCUGAUCACCGGUCUCGCGUUCUUGCAACUCGACGAUUCUCGGGCUUCGUUACAAUACCGCAUCUUCGUCCUGUUCAACGUUACGGUCAUUCCAAUCAUCAUCAUUCAGAUGGUCGAGCCCCGAUAUGAGAUGUCGCGAUUAAUCUUCUAUCGCGAAGCAGCGUCAAAGACUUACAAAAACUUCGCCUUUGCCGCGUCCAUGGUCGUGGCCGAAAUUCCGUACUGCAUCAUGUGCGCAAUCGUCUUUUUCGUCUUUAUCUACUACAUCCCCGGCUUCCAAGGCGCCUCGGAUCGUGCAGGCUACCAGUUCUUCAUGAUCAUGAUAACCCAGUUGUUCGCGGUGACGUUAGGUCAAAUGAUUCAAGCUCUCACCCCAAACAGUAUGAUUGCAUCGCAGUGCAACCCCCCACUCAUGAUCCUCUUCAGUUUGUUCUGCGGCGUCAUGAUUCCUAAGCCCCAGAUGCCGAGGUUCUGGCGAGUCUGGUUCUACGAGCUCGACCCGUUCACCCGCAUCAUCAGCGGAAUGGUUACGACAGAGCUGCACGAGCGCGCUGUUGUUUGUACCUCUGGGGAGUAUAACCGGUUCCAAGCCCCAGAGGGUCAGACUUGCGGCGAGUACAUGCAGGCAUUCUUUGAUCGCGGUGGUAUUGGAUACCUUGCCAACAACGCCACCCAGAACUGCGAGUACUGUGCGUAUAGGGUUGGAGAUGAAUACUACCAGGCCUUUGAGAUGAGCUUCAACAAUAGGUGGAGGGAUCUGGGAAUCUAUGCGGCUUUUGUGGGAUCGAAUCUGAUUAUCUUGUUCCUGGCUGCUCGCUACCUGAAUUUCAACCGGCGAUAA